AUGCCUGUCCUGUCCAGCAAUAAAAUCCUGGUGAGCAGCAACAGGCCAAAGUCUAAGGAGAGCAAGCGGCUUGAAGAUGAAAUAGUCUAUAACCUGGGUGAAGAUAUUUCUUGGAUGCCUUCUGCCACUCGCAGCACCAUGAGGUAUCUCGGCUCUCGGCACAGGGAAAUCAGUCAGUGGCAGGCCCAGUUUUCUGAGAUUAUGAGCCAGCUGGAAAGAGAAGUCACUGCUCUGGAGCAGCUGAAAGACAUCGUUGACAGCUUUCUCCAAGAGAUGCAGUUGUGCCUUCAGCUGUUGAGCGACUGUAUUUCAGUCGUAAACACCCUGAGCCCAGCAGUCCUGAGCCAAGACCCCGUUUACGCCGAGCUGAGGAAAGAAGAGAGGCUGACGAACGACAGCGGAGAAAUUCUGCAGGCGCAGGUCUGCAUCCUGCUCAGCAAAAUAAGUUCUCUGAAGAAGAUCCACAGUGAGCUGGGAGCAGAUUUACACGACAAAGGUGAAGCCACCAAGUUUACCAUGAAAUGCAUGACCCUUGAGCUCAACAUGCCGAGCUCCUGUCUGCCUGCCGGUCAGUACAAGCCUCACCAUGUGGGCUAUGACACAUGGCUGUCUCACUGCAAAGACCUGAAGACGGCGGCCAACAUCCUGAUGAAGGACUCUUCUUCCUUCAGGGGAAACCUGAGGUUCUCUAUGGCCAAUAUAAAAAACGCCCACAAGCGUCAGCGCCGCAGGACAGACGACUCUCUGAGGAAGAAAAUCCACGAACUGACCAGAAACCAGGAAAUGCUGCUCUUGGAGAGAAAGCAGAUCAGUGAUGACAUUUCUGAUCAGACCAGAGAAAUACAGAAACUGAAGUGUGAGAUCAGGAGCUGUGACACCAAACUGGAUCAUGCUUCCCACCGCCUGGACAUCCUCAACCAGAGACCUGGAUACGAGCUCUGCCGGGACUUGCCGCACAUCAGCCUCACGCUGGAGAAUUAUGACCUGGUAAAAAUAGGAGCUGGACUUCGCUCAGCGCUGAAGCUCUCUCAUCAGAACCUGGAGCUCCAACACAAGCACCUGAUGAUUGUCGAGGAGAAACUGUCCAAAAACGCUCACAUCCUAGAGGUGGAGCAGAAGUGUCAGAGCCUACUUCAGACUUUCCAGCCUGCCCAUGACACCGUUGUGGUCCUCGCCAACAAGGCCAAACUUCACAAGACCACGAGCAGCUCCAGCUGUCGUGAAUGCUUUCAGUAG